AUGGCAGAAGUGAUUAUUCCUUCUUAUGAAGAAGAGUAUGAACAGGUGAAUGUUGUGUUCCCUAAUCAGAGGCCAAGUUAUACAAAUCAGCAAGCUGCAUCUCCUAAUCCUUAUGGGCGACAAAGUGGUUUUCAACAACCACAAUUCCGACCACAACCUCCACCUCAGCCUCAACAACAGACUCAAAGUUCUAAUUUAGAGGAGAUGAUGAAAAUGAUGAUGCAAAAGCAAGAUUCCAAUGCUCAGCGUCAAGAUGCAAUCCUGCAGAAACAAGAUAUGGCUAUAAAGGACUUGCAAACUCAAAUUGGGCAGUUGGCUACAGACAUGAAUGAACUAAAAGCAUAG